AUUAAGUUAAAAAAAAAUAAUAAUAAAGAAAUUAAGGUAACCUACCAAAAACAUAGCUCUGUCCUCUAAACUCUCUCAUUUUCCCAUUAAGAAGCGCACUCCACAUUCUCCAUUGAGACGCCUUUCUAUCUUCCAUUGAAGCAGCUUCCGAGGUGAGAGUAGAAUUGGGUUCAGAUGGCAUAUUAUCAAUGUGGGAGAAAUAUAUUGCGUCGAAUUGGCCAAGAUGCUGGCGUUAAGAGAUCAGAUGGUUAUCUCCCUUCCUUGUUUUUCACAGGUCAAGGAGUCCGAUAUAGAAAAUUGGAAGUUAUUCUUACAACGAACAUGGAUAAGCUCGGGAAAGCUGGUGAGACUGUGAAGGUUGCUCCCGGUUACUUCCGGAAUUAUCUUAUGCCUAAGCUACUUGCAGUGCCAAACAUUGACAAGUUUGCCUAUCUGGUUAAGGAGCAGAGGAAGAUUUACCAACCUCUAGAAGAAGAAGAAGUUAAGGUGGUGAAAGAAAGUAAGCAGGAUCUGAUGAAAGAGUACAUUGCUGCAGCAAAUAGGCUGGAUAAUGGAACAGUGGUUUUAAGAAGAUAUUUUAAGGUUGACAAUGAGUUGCGUGAACCUGUGACAAAAGACGAGAUUAUUGCUGAGGUGGCAAGGCAACUUUCUGUUCAAGUCGAACCUGAAAAUUUGCAUAUGCCUAAUCCUUUGUCAUCACUAGGGGAGCAUGAGAUACCUCUCCGCCUGCCAAAGUCCAUCCCAAUGCCCCAGGGGAAGCUUAUGUGGAGUCUCAAAGUCAAAAUUAGAAGAAAGUGAUCCAAUCUCCCAUGCCCAGCUUAGAUCCAAUUGAGGCAACUAUACUUUGUUAAGAGACUCUAUUCUCUAAGUUUACUAAAGCUAUGGGAUUUUGUCCAUCUCGUUGUAACUUACGCCAUCUAAGAAGUCAGAUUUUGGAUGGAAUUUUCUUCCUUUUUUGAGCCUUCAUUUUUAGUAGAUGGCCAUGAAACUUGUAUUCAUUAAUAAUUUUCCUGUCGCGCUUUUAGUAUCAAAAGGCUUGAUGGCUUUGUUGAAUAAGAUGUGUCAUAAUUUUGUUUCAGUA